CUGCCAAAUACAGAUAUCGAUAGGCAGCUGCUAUCGCCACUCGCCGUCAUACCGUGGUUCUUAAUUAUAUAAUUCUAAGCGUUCAAUGUGAUCAAAACAAACUUGGGCACAAAUCAGAGUGUGUGAGUGCAUGGUUACACCUGUACGGUGAACAAUGGUAAUGAGGUGACGAAUGCGCCCUCUUCAACCGCACCAGGAAACCCUUUAGGUUAGCAAUAUGAAAGACGAUGGAGACUGCGACCCGGAAUCCGUGGUGCCAAAUGACGUGCAAACAGCUGAUUCACUAGCUUCAAGUCAUGUCCAUUCCGUAAACAUCAUGGUUCCUGCUGGAAAGAGUGUGGGAGUGCCCCGAUCAGCUAGCGUCUUUACGGAGCGUUUCUUCGGAGCCUUCCAGUGGGAGGAGUUCGCCUGCGGAUGCGGAGCAGCCUUUGUCAACAUAACAGCCACCUACCCAAUCUACAAAAUGAUUUUCCGGCAAAUGCUGCACGGCGUGCCCAUCACCUCCGCCUUUGCUCAGCUCCGGCACGAGGGAUUGGGUUUCCUGUAUCGCGGUAUGCUCCCGCCUCUGGCCCAGAAGACCAUUUCCCUGUCCAUCAUGUUCGGCGUGUUCGAUGGCACCAGAAGGUACCUGGUGGAGGACUAUGGCAUGAACGACUAUGGGGCCAAAGUGAUUGCCGGAGUGGUAGCGGGCAGUGCCGAAUCAAUUCUUCUGCCCUUCGAACGCGUACAAACCCUUCUGGCGGACUCCAAGUUCCAUAAAUACUUCUCCAACACACCCAACGCAUUCAGGUAUGUAGUGGCAAACCAUGGAUACCGAGAGCUCUACAGGGGAUUAGAACCAGUAUUCUGGCGAAACGGAUUGUCAAAUGCGUUAUUCUUUGUGCUGCGGGAGGAAGCCAGUUCAAGACUGCCAAAAAGAAAAUCCGUGUCCAGUCGAACGGCCCAGGAGUUUGUGGCGGGAGCGGUGAUUGGAGCCAGCAUCAGUACAAUAUUCUACCCGCUAAACGUAAUCAAGGUGUCGUUGCAAAGUUCAAUGGGACAGGUAUCGGAGGGCAGCUGGGCAGCCUGCAAGCGAAUUUACCGAGAACGUGACUGCCGCAUAGCUAAUUUCUAUCGUGGAUGCGCCUUCAACACAGGAAGAUCCUUCAUCAGCUGGGGCAUCAUGAACAGCGCCUACGAAAACAUGAAGAAGCUAAUACAUCAGCAACCACAGCUUGCUGUGGUUAGUAGUAAAUAAAUAGGGCUCGUAACCACCAAAAGCAACUAUGUAUUAAGCCGCAUGCAUACUAAACUAAUCUAAGUAGAAGGUUGACUCAUAAUCAGUCAUUUUCAGAAUGAAUAGGGACGAUACUGGGUUACUGUGUAAUGCGUGCUAAGUAAUCUAAGCUGAAUGUACACAAGCGGCAAGUGCCGCCCUUUAGCUAGCCAAUUUUCUUUUUCUUUAAGUCUGGUAUAAGAUGCUGAGAUUUUGGGUUUAAUGUACAUAUAGAUCCUACGCGAGGCCUGCUCUGUUCCUCCUCCUCAUAUCUGUAUAUCGAUCCAACCGCCCCCAACGAAUGCCAAAGUUAUGUACGACAUGGCAAGUCGGAAGGCAACGCGAGCAUUUAAUGAAGCCCAUUCUACGAGUUACGGGUUAGAUAGUUUCUAUACGAAUACGUGUGUAAAUAAUAAUAGCUGGAGUACAAUAUAACAAAAGUGUGUUGUUCGUUUGCUAGUGACUUUGUGAUUCAUUGAAAAUAUUAAACUGAAAUACUACGAUGAAAAUUCAAUUGUAAUUAUUAAAGUUGUGGAGUUGACAUUUAAACGAGGAUUUACUUUUUGUUAUGUUUAGUUUAUUUUAACUACAGUUGUCAUUGUUCAGAUUAUAAAUUAAAAAAUAACCUUAAAAUGA